AUGGGUCUCGUUCGCAGACUGCUGAUUUGGGCAGCCGUUGAUGGCGUCGUCCUCCAGGCUCACGGUCCUGCAGAGCACCCGAAAGCUCUUCAGAUCGACUACAAGAGCCGACAGGUCAAGGAGCUUCAGAAGUCGGAUGCGUUGGCGAAGAAACCAGUGCCUUUGGAAGCUCACGGUAUAGUCGGUUUGCUCUCGAUUGCCUCGUCGUCUUUUCUCAUCGCAAUCACUCAACGGGAGCAAGUUGCCCAAAUAUUCGGCAAACCCGUCUAUGUCAUUACCGAUGUUGCCAUUCUCCCCCUGUCCUCGCAGAAAGCAGCGUCCCUGGCCAUCACCACCGCCCUGGAGUCUCAAACUACAGAAUCGUCCACAACUGACACCGAUACCGAUGUGACCGACACGGAGGACCAAAGUACUAGGCUAGAGGACCAAGGAGAGCCUGAGACUCCAAUAGAACAUACCACCCCUCAGCAAAAGAUAUCAAAUCCCACCAGCAUCGCCAGAGAUGUCAUUGCUAACCGAGGCCAAUAUGGACGAUUUGCUGCUCAAUGGUUUUCCAAGCAAGGCUGGGGUGGAGGCAAGACCUCAGGGACCACAUAUGACCCUGUAGAUACGAGUGAUGCCUCGCAGACGGGGACCAGGUCGAGUCCUGAAGCAGAAGCAGCGGUCGCAGCAAAUCAACCUGAAGCCAGUGGCAACAUUGAAGCACCAGAACAAACCCAUAACAAAGACGCCGAGCAACUGCUCAACGACACCUCCAUUACCGAGGCGACCCCCAAGAUUCUCAGGAGGACGAAGAUGAUCUUGACCUCGGGCAGUUACUUCUUCUCGUACGAUAUUGAUUUGACGCGCAGGCUAGCGGUCAUGGAGAUGAGCGCGACUGCUCCUUCACGUGAGACUCUUGACCCUAUGUAUUUUUGGAACCGACACCUCCUAGGUCCAUUCAUGGAUACCAGACAAGAUUCAUGCAUGAUGCCCAUUAUACAAGGUUUUGUGGGACAGAGGACUUUCACAGUUACAAAAGCAGAGUCAGAGGAUCCAAACUCGGCCUGUGUGGUGGACGCUGAGCAUGGCCAGCAAUCGGCAGGGGUACAAGACGCCGUAAAUCAUGAUCAACAAGGUCUUGCCAGCAUCAGCACUGACAUGCAAUCCUACCUCCUCACGCUGAUUUCGCGGCGAUCCGUCAAGCGAUCAGGCCUUCGGUACCUCCGACGCGGCCUCGAUGAUGAAGGCAAUUGUGCCAAUGCCGUGGAAACUGAACAGAUCCUGUCUGCUCCAGAUUGGUCUCCUUCUCGGCGAAUACGAUCGUUUGUACAGACGCGAGCCUCUAUCCCCCUUUACUUUUCACAAUCGCCCUAUUCGUUGAAGCCGACACCGAUGCUCCACCAGUCGGCAUCCAAAAAUGAUGUAGCUAUGAAGAAACAUUUUCAGGAUCUUCGGCGACGAUACGGUGGAGUUCAAGUUGUCUGCUUGGUGGAUAAACACGGUCCUGAGAAGAUCAUCGGCGAUGCUUUCGAGAACAAGGUUCACUCCUUGCAGAAGUCUAAUCAACUUGAAGACGUCCAGUAUGAGUGGUUCGAUUUCCAUGCCGAGUGCCGCGGUAUGAAGUUCGAGAAUGUCUCAAAGCUUGUGGACAAGCUCGAAGAUACCAUCAAGAAUUACGGGGAGACCGUGAUCUCUGGAACCGGAAUCGAGACAACCCAGUCAGGGAUAAUCCGUACGAACUGUAUGGACUGCUUAGACCGCACCAACGUGGCGCAGAGUGCUUUUGGACAGUACAUGCUGCAGAAAGACCUGGCUAGGGAAGGGUUCGAGAUUGAUUUACUGCACGAUGAGACCACCACCUGGUUCAACACCCUAUGGCUGAUAACGGAGACGCCAUAUCAAGGCACCUUGAAUGAUUUCAGCCUGACGUUGACUCGAUACUACAACAACAUGGUCAAUGACUAUUUCUCCCAAGCAGUCAUUGACUUCUUACUUGGGAAUAUGUCAUGGAGAGUGUUUGAAGAUUUUGAGAGCAGUAUGAUGAGUAAAGACCCAGGCAUAUCUGUUGAUCAAGCUCGGCAAGCUGCGAUUGAGAGUUGUGCAAAACAGGUUAUACAGGAGAAGGACGAAGAUCUGAUUCAGGGGUGGACAAUGCUAACGCCCGCACACGAGAACACUCUGCGGACCCUGCCAUUCGAAGAGGCGGUGAUCCUGUUGACCGAUGCAGCUCUGUACUGUUGCAGGUUUGAUUGGACCACCGAAAAACUUGCCUCUUUUGAGAAAGUUGACUUGCGUUCUGUCUCCAAGAUCCGAUAUGGGACGUAUAUCACGUCGACUUUCACUGAAAAGCAGAUGAAGGAAGAGCUGAAUGCCGGGGUUGUGGUAAUAUAUCAUCCUGGAAAGGGAAGCACCAUUCGGACGAACACGAGAUCCUUACAAAACUACGUCGCGCCUAAGGCGGAUGACUCUGAGAAUCGAAUCGACGGAGGAACAGGGAUCCUGUCUUGGCUGAGUCCCAGCCAUGCACCAACAUCGAGAAAGUUGGCCAUGAAGGUGAUCCCGGCAGCGACGACAGACUCAGAUGGAGUGGUGGGAAUCCAGGCUGAGGCACCGUUAGCGGUGGCUGAGAAUGUGGCAGGCGAAAUUCGACGAGCUCUCACAGGGAGCACAGAACAAGGUGAACAGCAAGGAAACGACCUGGUAGAGCAGUCGGCCAUUAUCUCGUUGGAAGAAGCGAAGAAACGUACUGGAUAUUUUGAGCAGCUAGGUCAUUCCUUGAAGAAGAUGGUGUGGACCUGA